UGCCAUUUUUUUGAUUGUCUGGGUUACGUUGGCAACGGGGUUGUGGACAAGACGCUCGUCUAGUGUCUAGUCUAUGUCGGCGUGUCUUGCCCUAGAAAAUCUAAUUCUCGGUCGUUUUUGUAUUCAAAUGUAACAUGCUGCUUUUAAGUGGCACAUACAUUCUGCUUCAACGAUGUUUGAGGGCCUGCAGCUACGGUCUGGUUUACGACAUCCCCUAUUGUAGGUUGUUUGAGAUGCAUGCAUGCGGUCUUGUCUGGGCUCGGAAUCCGUUUCCUGGCUGUAGUGGAGCUCUGCAUUUGGUUGAAAUUGGCUAUACCUCCCCCAGACAUGAGAUAAACGAUCUCACAGGCAAUAUCCUGAAUUUUGUCUCUUGCGGUACUCCGUAUUACUCUUCCUGGCCGAUUAAUUCCCCAAACAGUUGUUCAAAGAGUAUGUCGCACGGUCCUUAAGACAGCAGAUAACAUCCCCAAUGUGGUAUACCUCUAUCUCGAGGGUAGAAUAUCUACUUAUAGUAAUAGUAUACUGGUUGCCUAUAUAAUGUAUAUAGGAUAAAGGAGGGAGGGAUCGACCUCCUUAUAUAGAGUAUCGAUCCCUACCAUGUGACAGCUACACGCUUACUACAC